AUGCCCGGGGCCGGCCGCGCCGCGGGCAUGCGCCGCCUGCGCCCGCAGCCCUCCGAGGAGCCGCCCGCGCAGGAGGAGGACCAGAACCUUCUCCUGGCAGCUGCCUAUGUUUCCGAUGCCCAGUACAACAGAAAUGUUCCAUUUGAAACAUCUCCUCGGGCCAUCAGACUUUACUAUUUUUAUAACCACUGGACAAUGCAAGUAGCCAUCUACUUCUUUAUUUGCAUAGACCUCUCUCUCGCGCUGUUUGAAGAACCGGCACUGUUUCCACUGCCUUUCUUGGCUACCUCGCUAGCAGAAGUACUCUGUCUGACUGCAUUCUUUGGGAGACUUGUACAUUUUGCAAAAGUCACUCCUCAGAUGGUUUUCUGGAAGGAUACGAAAAACAUCUGCAUCAUGGUAACCAUAGUGCUGACCUUGAUUGAUCUGAUUAUCUAUGGGUCCCUGAAAGCUGUUAACAUCCGCAGCGUUCGAUGGUCAAGGGCCUUAAGGCCAGUCUUCCUAAUUAACUUCCCUGAAAGUCGUCAGAUCCGAAGAACUUUCAGAAGCAUCCGGAACACUCUGCCCGAUAUUCUCUACGUCUUCCUCUUGUUUAUGUUCAGUGUGCUGAUAUUCUCCCUUAUGGCCUUGAAGCUUUUUGGGGAUAGGGGUCUUAAAACAGUGGAAGGUUUGCCCUACUUCACAAACAUCCUGGAUAUAGUGUUUGAGCUCUACGUGCUGGUCACUACCGCCAACAGCCCCGAUGUCAUGAUGCCUGCCUAUAACUUCAACUGGUGGUAUUCUCUGUACUUUAUAACCUACACCAUCAUCAAUACCUACAUCUUCAUGUCCGUCUUUCUGGCUGUGGUCUACAACAAUUAUAGGAAGCACUUAAAGAAUGAGAUUCGCAAACUGGUGUACCUGAAACGUCACAAAAUGAUAGAGGCGUUCAACAUUCUGAAAGUCAAGGUGGGCUCAGAGUAUGUGGUUACGGAGGCCCAGUGGAGGCGGCUGGCCAAGGUCGUGGCGCCACACAUCAGCAGUCCCCACCUGGAGCUCCUCUUGAGGAUCUCCGACGAGGGACAGAAGGGGCACGUGGACAAAGUGAACUUUCUGCGCUUGCCUGAUCUCCUCAACAUUCAGGUGGUCACCAUCAACAUCAAGAGACACCCACUGGAAGACUGGAUGCCUCGGGUAUACCAGUCGUCUGCAAGCCUCUUGGUCCAGAGGAUGGUUCGGCACAGGAUUUUUGUCUGGGUUUAUGAUGUCAUCAUUCUAAUAAAUGCCAUAUUCAUUGCUCUGGACGAGAAAAACCCCUUCAUUUCCUACGCAGAAUGGCUCUUCCUUUCUCUCUAUGUUAUUGAAAUUCUCCUGAAACUGUACACAUAUGAGCCCAGAGCCUAUUUUGGCAGAAAGCAGUUCUGGAACUGGUUUGAUAUGCUGAUCAUCAUCGCGGCCCUGGUGGCCACUGUGGCCAACACCACCAUUCAGUCAGCAAGAAAAUACAACAGUCAGCAGAUACUGGAUAUUGUCUUGAUCUUGAGGAUACUCCGGCUCUUAAGGAUCAUUGUCAGCAUUCAGAGGUUCCGGGUUAUCGUGACGACCUUAAUUAACAUUGGGCCCACGAUACUGACGUUUGGCGGACUCGUGUUGGUGGUCUACUACGUGUUCGCUGUCAUCGGGAUGGAAGCGUUCCACGGCAAAGUCCGGUUCUUGGACCCGAAUUUCACCAGUCCUGAUGCUCUGGUGUGUGGGAACCCAGCCUUGAAAGAUUCGGCAUUUGCGCGAGACAGGUACUGCAAGAACAACUUCAACGACCUGGCCUCCUCGUUCAUCUUGCUGAUGGAGCUCACGGUGGUUAACCAGUGGCACAUCCUCGCAGGCGGCUUUGCCCUCGUGACUCACCAGGCGGCAAAGCUGUACUUCAUCGGCUUCCACAUCGUGGUCGUCAUCCUCAUCGUUAAUAUUUUCAUAGCAUUCAUCUUGGAGGCAUUUUUUGUGGCAUAUUCCUUAGAGAAAAGUGAAGUAGAAACUGCUAUCGAGAAGAAGAUUCAAGAGCUCGGAGUGGGAAUCCAAGAAGAAGAAAUGCAGGAUGGGAAGCUCAUUGAUAACGUGGAUGCCAAGGACAGUGGCUUCAGUGGGGAAGAUGGAGACAACAAAAGGAAGGACUUGAAAGGCUUGUACUUCAGAAUUGCAUCGAAAAAGUACAGGACCGUGGACGCCUUGCUGCAGCAGAUGUUUGAGUCUGAAAUCGCUCCAGAGGAGGAAGGCCCUUCCUUGGAUGAGAUUCUGAACUUCUCACCCGGUGACAUCUAUCCCAAGAAUCCCAACUUCGAAAACAGUGCGUGAUCCUGGGCCUGUAAGGGCCGCAUGUGGAAACCAAGCUAGGCUGCUGUCCUGUCUCGCUUAUUCUGUCUGAGGUGAUUUUCCUGGCCCGGGUCGCUCCGUGCUCUGACCCGCCUGCGCCUCGGCCCCGCGUGCCCCGAACCGUCAGCUGAAAGGUGUGGAAAGGCUGCUUCCGAGUGCCCCGCCUGCCGUUGUUCUGAGGUCUGAUCAGAGCAGUAAGGAGGGGGAAAUCUCUGAAGAGAUUUUGAGGGGCACUUUUCAUACACAUGGACAUAUGUGUGUGAAGUCUCUUCAGGGGGCGUAUAAAAGCUUUUCAUUUAUUUUUAUACAACAUAUUGCUGUUCCAUUAAAUCCCAUGCUACAGUGUUACGUGAAUGAACUUCGAAUAUUUAAAUACAAUAAAGGAAUAUAUCUAAUAUAGCA